GCAGGGACAGAAGUACGGGCAGCGGUUAUGGAAUGGCAACUAAGAAAGGUUGCUGUGCGGUCAAAGUCAAACUCAACACAAACUCCUUUGAGUUCGCCCACCAAUCUUGCCAAUCGCACCGGCAGGGCAAACCUAGAUCAAGAAACCCGCAGCAAGGAGACGAGGAUGGGCAACUUCGGGAGCAGAGGCGGCGCUCCUCCACCGCCACCGCCGCCUGCUCUUCAAGCCCAUCUACACGGGGUGCGCCCUCCGUACUACCCCCGGUACCCCGGUUGGUCCCCGGGCACCGCUCCGCUGCCGCCGCCUUUGGGGGUGCCAGCGUCGGUGGAGCGGCACAGAACCGUCGCGGUGCACGCAGGCGUCAACAUCAAGGGGGACACGCUGCGGCUGGAGCCCGAUGAUGACGGCCGUGGCCUCCUACUCGCCUUCUCCUUCGACGCCGACGCCCCCGGAAGCAUAACUGUCUACUUCUUUGCGCAAGAAGAUGAAGAGCUUAUCUUGAAGGCUACAAAGGAAAACUUGCUCAAACCUGUGACAAUAACUUUCAACAAAGGUCAUGAUCAGGAGUUCAAGCAACCAUGUGGAACAGGAAUCGAUGUCUCUCAGUUUGAGGAAUCUGAGCUAACUAAGGUUGGUGAAGGUGGUAUAUUCCCAGUUGCAUUCAAAGUGGACGUGGCUGUAUCAAACAACCAAGAAUUAGAAGGGGCACAUGACAAUGAGGCAUCAAAGUGUCUGGUUAAAUUUGCUAUACUUGCAAAGAAAGGCAAUGCUAAAUAUGGUGUUCGUAUUGUGCAGCAGAUCUUAUGGGUAAAUGGUACUAGAUAUGUCUUGCAGGAGAUAUAUGGUAUUGGCAACACAGCUGAUGACAACAAUCAUGAAGACGAAUCUGGGAAAGAAUGUGUUGUUUGUCUUUCAGAACCAAGAGAUACAACUGUUCUUCCAUGCCGGCAUAUGGUCCAAUACUAGUUUUAGUAUUUCUGGUGUAUAGGAAGUUGAAUGAAAAUAACCAAUUGAGAAAGGAGGACCAAAUGUGAAACUAGCCUAACCGCAGGGCCGACCUUUGCAGCUUCUGAUAUUUGAGAGAAUAAGUGGAUAAUGAUAUCGCUUUAUUGCAGUGUCUCUGCCGGGAAUGUGCUCAACUUCUAAGAAUCCAGAGCAACAAAUGCCCCAUAUGCAGGCAACCUGUUGGGGGACUUCUCGAGAUCAAGGUUGAUACAGAAUCUGGUGAUCAUCAAAAGGAGCUCAGUAGUUAAAAGACCGCGAAAAGUUUCUCCAUUUAAUCACUGGCAUUCUAGCUGUAUAUAUAACCCGUAUAUGAAACUACCUUGCGGAAUUGGAUGAACGUGAAGGGAUUUAAUAGUACCUCUGUAGUCGUGAGCUUUCAACCUUGAACUUUUACUUGAAACACAAUCGGUCUGGACCUUCACAUACAAGCCUGUAGCACGAUUGACAUAACAGUGCUGUUUUGGUUACUCAGAUUGUUAAGUGUUGUGUGCAAUGAGCUUGUUUGAACA